GUGAGUUUUGGAAGUGUAGGUUUUUGAAAUUUAUUCUAUGUUCCACUAUCUAGCUAUAUAAUAUAACUUUUGUGAUUAUAUCCGGUGCAUAUGGCCAAAAUCGAACUAGCUGCUACCUUGUUUUUGCAUAAGUGUAGACGUAGUUCUGUUUGUUUGGUUAGAAUUAUUGUUGAAAUUGUAUUUGUUACAUAGAAAAUCACAUUCGAUCAAACAUCAUCAUGGAAAAAUCACAAAAAAUGCCCAAAGUGGCUAAGGUGAAAAACAAAGCACCUGCGGAAAUUCAAAUCACAGCAGAACAGCUGUUAAGAGAAGCAAAGGAGAGAGAUUUGGAAAUUUUACCUCCUCCACCAAAGCAAAAAAUAUCAGAUCCCCAUGAAUUGGCUGAUUAUCAACAUCGAAAACGGAAGAUGUAUGAAGAUAAUAUACGUAAGAAUCGUAUGGUUAUAACGAAUUGGAUAAAAUAUGCCCAAUGGGAAGAAAGUCAGAAACAAAUAAAAAGAGCAAGGUCUAUAUAUGAACGUGCCUUAGAUGUUGAUCACAGAAAUAUUACAUUAUGGCUGAAGUAUACUGAAAUGGAAAUGCGUAAUAGGCAAAUAAAUCAUGCUAGAAAUUUAUGGGAUCGUGCAGUUACAAUUUUACCUAGAGCUAAUCAAUUUUGGUACAAAUAUACAUAUAUGGAAGAAAUGUUAGAAAAUAUUGCUGGAGCACGUCAAGUUUUUGAGCGUUGGAUGGAAUGGGAACCUGAUGAACAAGCAUGGCAAACAUAUAUUAAAUUUGAAUUACGAUAUAAAGAAAUACAAAGAGCAAGAGAGAUAUAUGAACGUUUUGUUAUGGUUCAUCCUGAUGUAAAACAUUGGAUAAAGUAUGCACGUUUUGAAGAAUCUCAUGGUUUCAUAAAUGGAGCACGCAAGGUUUAUGAACGUGCUGUCAACUUUUUUGGAGAUGAAAGCUUGGAUGAAAGGUUAUUUAUAGCAUUUGCAAGAUUUGAAGAAGCACAGAGAGAACAUGAUAGAGCAAGAAUAAUUUAUAAAUAUGCUUUAGACAAUAUUUCAAAAGAAAGAACAGAAGAAAUAUAUAAAGCAUAUACCAUACAUGAAAAGAAAUAUGGAGACCGUUCAGGCAUUGAAGAUGUAAUAGUUAGCAAAAGAAAAUAUCAGUACGAACAAGAAGUCAAAGAAAAUCCUUCUAAUUAUGAUGCUUGGUUCGAUUAUCUAAGAUUAGUAGAAUCUGAAGGAAAUGUUGAAGUUGUAAGAGAAACAUAUGAACGAGCCAUAGCAAAUGUUCCUCCUACCAAGGAGAAGCAAUAUUGGAGACGAUAUAUCUAUCUGUGGAUAAAUUAUGCUUUGUAUGAAGAACUUGAUACGGAAGAUAUAGAUAGAUGUCGUCAAGUUUACAGAACCUGUUUAGAACUCAUUCCACAUAAACAUUUUACAUUUUCUAAGAUAUGGCUAUUUUAUGCAUAUUUCGAAAUACGGCAAAAAAAUUUGACUGUAGCGAGAAAAACAUUGGGUAUGGCAUUGGGUGUUUGUCCUAGAGAUAAAUUGUACCGUGGUUACAUUGAUUUAGAGAUACAACUCAGAGAAUUUGAUAGAUGCAGGAUUCUGUAUGAAAAAUUCCUUGAAUUUGGACCUGAAAACUGCACAACGUGGAUGAAAUUUGCAGAAUUAGAAACUUUAUUAGGGGACGUUGACCGUGCUAGAGCUAUUUAUGAAUUAGCUGUAUCUCAACCAAGGUUGGAUAUGCCUGAACUUUUAUGGAAAUCAUAUAUAGAUUUUGAAAUAUCUCAGGAUGAAAUAGAAAAUGCUAGACAACUAUUUGAGAGAUUAUUAGAACGAACUCUUCAUGUCAAAGUUUGGAUAGCGUAUGCUAAAUUUGAAUUAGGUAAUUCUUCAUCGGAAGAUGGUGUUGAUAAUGUUACUUUAGCUCGUAGAAUAUUUGAACGUGGGAAUGAUGCAUUACGUUCAAAUGGUGAUAAAGAAAGUAGAGUAUUACUUUUGGAAGCAUGGAGAGAUUUCGAAAAUGAGAAAGGAGACGAAGAAAGUCAGACUAAAAUUAUUGCCAAAAUGCCUAGAAGAAUUAAACGAAGAAGACGAAUUGUUGGAGAAGAUGGAAAUGAUGGAUGGGAAGAAAUAUUUGACUUCGUAUUUCCAGAAGAUGAAUCCCAAAGACCAAAUCUUAAAUUUUUGGCAUCAGCGAAAGCAUGGAUGAAGCAAAAAAUUUCUAGUGAAAUUAUUCAAAGUGGAAAUAAACAAUUAGAAAGCGACAAUUAAAAAUAAUCUAUAUCUUUUACAUUAUUAUAAUAUUUAUAUACUGCAACAUAGAUAAUAUAGAUAUAGUGUAUAAUUUAAUA